AUGUACAACAGACCCCAUUUGAAUACAGAUUUUCAACAUUAUCAUUCAAAUUCAUUAACCAGCCAAGUAACUUCAAAUCAGAUAGUUAAAGCGCCCAACUAUCGGACCUAUUCCACUGUGAAAAAUCCGUAUAAUUAUAAUAACACUAAAUUAGAAUUACCAGAAGACAUGUCAUAUGUGAAUUCUAUUGUAUUGCCUUCUCAUCAGCAUAAUCAUUUCAGUCAACAGGUUUUCAAGUCGAAUCUACCGCCUAUAAUUACAAGUAAAAGUAUAAGUAUGUUCAAUAAUGCGCCUAUCAGCACUGCAAUGAACGAUAGUACUACUGCAGUGAGGGAUAAUAUUAAAGUUAGUACGAAUAACAAAGAUAAUGAUGACAGUGUUGAGAAUGAUUCUAAAAAACAAGAAACAGUUUUAUGCCUAAAACGUCUUUUCACCUUUUUAUUAUCACAUGUUGGAUUAGCUGUACUAGUUGUCGUAUAUACGGUGAUUGGUGGUUCAAUGUUCUAUGCUGUUGAACGUGAUCAUGAAUCACAAGUUAAAAUGAAAAUGUUUGAAACUCGUAAAAAAAUAGUUGAAGAAAUGAUGCUUGAAUGGAGAAAUACACAGCUGGAAUUAUUGGAUACAUUAAUUAAUCAUGUAAAUAUAAUUCAUCAGUUUGAACAAACAAAUUUUGGCAGAAAAUUUAAAAAUCAAACAAAUUUAUAUGAUUCUAUUGAACGUUUAGCCAUAAUAAAUAGUGAAUUUUAUAAAGAGAACAAUAAACGAUUAUUGUCUAGUGAUUUAAAGGAUGAACAGAAACAACAUUUAGCUGGUUUAUCAUGGUAUUUAUCAAGUUUAGGUUGGUCGAAAAGAAUUCUACCCCAAUGGUGGUUUCAUCGAAAUUAUACACAGUUUACGCCUUUACAAAAUCUUAAUAAUACAGCUACUGCUGAUAUUAUAAACGAAUUACACGGUGUAAUGACAAACAACUCGACGAAUCAACCGUUUCAGGGUACAGAUGUCAAACCAACUGACAGUGUUACUAAUCGUAACGAUUAUGCACUACAUAACUCAUAUAUGUUGAAGACACAGGUAUUAACAACAACAACGCCGCCGCCGACGACGACGACAACUGCCACCAGAGUAACCUCUCCUGACAGUGAUGAAAUAAACACAAAAUUUGAAAACAAUACUAAAACAAAUCAUAGCUUACAUCUAAAUUAUUUUUCAACAGAGUUAAUUAACUCUUUACCAAAACAUUUGAUACUAGUUGCAAAAUUAGAUGAUAUUCUGCCUACAAUUAUCAAUCAAAGUCGUAUUCUAGAAAAUGCUUUACAGAAAAAGCUAACAGAAUAUGUUGAACAGAUUGUUAUUGCUAUAAAAGAUGAAGGAUGGAAUGGAUCAGAGCAUACAGAUGAUUUCAACUGGACAUUUGAAGGUAGUAUAUUAUUUGCUGUUACUAUUAUCACUACUAUAGGUAAGUUGAAAGAGAUUACGAUGUGCAUAUGUAUAUAA